AUGAGACGCAAGUAUGGCGCUCCUUUCUGGGAUCUACAUCGUGUCGAUGUGCAACGUGCACUCGCAAGCCGUGCAACGCAACUUGGCGCCACGCUGCGAUUAGGAUCUAAAGUAGCCCAUAUUGACUUCGAAAAGCCGUCCGUGAAGCUUGAGAACGGCGAAGAGGUCGAGGCAGAUCUGAUCGUGGCUGCAGAUGGGCUGUGGUCGAAAUGCAGAGAGAAUUUUUUGGCUACAAUGGGCAAGAGCGAUAGUCCACUACCAACUGGGGACUUGGCUUAUCGGAUAGUGCUGAAUCUCCAUGAAGUGGAAGAUCAGGAGCUGCGAGACUGGAUUUCAAAGCCAUCUUGCCAGUUCUGGAUCGGGCCAGGUGCACAUGUGGUCGCAUACUCGUUGCGUGAUGGUGAGGUUUUCAAUCUGGUGCUACUGGUACCUGACGAUUUGCCGGAGGGCGUCAGUCGACAGCCAGGAAGUCUGCCAGAAAUGAAAUCCAUCUUUAGUGCCUGGGACCCGAUACUGACCCGGUUCCUGGACUGCGUAUCGAGCGUCGACAAGUGGAAGCUGAUGCAUCGUCCGGAGCUCAACACUUGGAUCUCGCCAAAGUCGAAUUUCGCAUUUAUUGGAGACUCUGCCCAUCCCAUGUUACCGUACUUGGCACAAGGCGCAAACAGCUCGAUCGAGGAUGGAGCAGUACUGGGUAAUGUUCUAGGUGCGAUGUCCAGCAGAGAGCAGCUGCCUUCCGCCUUGAGGCUGUACGAGAAGCUCCGCAAGAAGCGAGGCGAGACGAUCGUGAAGGAGACAUUUGCCCAGCGGCAUGAUUUCCAUAUGCAAGAUGGUCCGGAGCAGCAAAAACGUGAUGAGCUGAUGCUAUCGCAGCUCGGAAGAAUCUCGAGCAAGUUCCCGAGUCGUUGGCAAUGUCCGGAAGUCCAACCGUGGCUAUAUGGCUACGAUGCAUUGGAGGAGACGACCGCGGCGUUACGAGAGACGCCUCUUAGUGGAUAG